AUGGCCUCAAGCGAACAGAUCUCCUCGUCCCUCCCCAUUCUGGACCCGGUCACGACAAUACCACUAUCAUCUUACCCACGCACCACUAGUACAAAAAGUGAUAAAGAACCUUAUACACUGCACUCACACUCAAGAUCUCGACGGGACAGCUUCGGGCCGCUACCAGACUUGAGAUUCGAACAAAGCUAUCUAGCCAGUCUCGCAGGGGCAGACUCCGGGUGGCAGGUAGCAACUAUUACUUUAAGGGAUCAGGUUUUGUUGCCGCUUCUUCAGGGAACAAUUUGGUCUCUGGCCCUCUUAGGUUGGGCGCACUGGAAUCAAAAAGCACAAAUCUCUGGCACUUCUGUAGGAUCUAAGGUCAGAAAUUGGUGGCACAGACUCAAAGACUGGAAAACACACGAGACAAGAAGUUUUGGAGGUAGUGCAGAGCUUGCAGCAAGUGUAGGAGAUGUGAGUGCAAGAUGGAACGGAGGUGAGAUUUGGAGCUUUGCUGAUUGA